AGUCGGUAUUCAAGUAUUUGCCAAAGGUUUGACGUCAUGUACAUAGGUGUCCACAAAUGGAUUGUGAACCAUCUUGAGCUGCACAUCCAGUUAGUUCUCUGCCUUCUCGAACUAGCGUCGUUCGACGAAAACCGUAAUUGUUAUUUUCUGCGUGGAUAUCAAUUUCUCGGUCUGAACUACAGGUUGGGUCAAGCAUUGACGUUUGGUGUUUGUUUAACAUAUUUUCAAACGUGGGUCUUCUUUUGGAAUAACAGCAAUUGUACGCUAUACUAUCGUCCUCCAGACCAAUGGAGAAAAUGGCCAGACCUGUUCCUUUAAACUCAUCUUUCCAAACUCCAACUAAUGGCGUACUGAAAUCCCUGUUGGAGAAUCCAAUGAAGCUGCCAUUUCAUCAUGAAGGUUUUGGAAAAGAGAAGAAUGCGAAAGAGAAAAAGUUGGAUGAGGAAGGCGGUGCCAAUACUCCACAGUCGGCCUUCCUAGGGCCAACCUUGUGGGACAAGACCUUGCCAUAUGAUGGGGACAACUUUCAGCUAGAGUACAUGGACCUGGAAGAGUUUCUGUCAGAGAAUGGCAUCCCCGCAAACCCAGCUCAGAAUAACCUAAACCAGCCACAGCAGUCCCGGCAGCCCACUAUCCAGCAGGUUUCCCCAGCACCCCCCAUACCCUCUGUGGUCGACCUCAGCAGCCACGCCACUACCUCCGUUCAUACAGCCAUGGUCUCCCAGAACUGUCUCCAGAGCCCCCCAGCCAGAGCAGUGCUGCCAUCAGCUGCCAGGAACACCCCCAGCCCCAUCGAUCCAGAGUCUAUUCAAGUUCCAGUGGGCUACGAGCCCGACCCUGCAGACCUGGCUCUGUCCAGCGUACCCGGACAGGAGAUGUUUGACCCCCGAAAACGCAAGUUCGCCCCAGAGGAGCUCAAACCACAGCCCAUGAUCAAAAAGGCACGCAAGAUCUUCAUCCCUGAAGAUCUCAAGGAUGACAAGUACUGGGCCAGACGCAGAAAGAACAACGUAGCAGCCAAAAGAUCACGAGAUGCCAGGCGACUGAAGGAGAACCAAAUUGCCAUCCGGGCUGGUUUCCUAGAGAAGGAGAACGGUGCACUUCGCUCAGAGGUGGCCGACUUGAGGAAGGAACUGGGUCGCACCAAAAACAUUGUGGCCAAAUAUGAGGCUCGUCAUGGGCCCCUGUGAACCUCCCCAAACCUCCCCAACGUCCGCGCCACACCCUUCCCUCUCACCCCCUCACCCAAGAGAUUGAAGGACAAUGUGCCUCCCUUUUGGUGGCACUGGCCCCCACACACACCAGCCCCUCACCCCUGUACAUGAUAAUCCUAUAAGAUUCUAUCAUUUUGAAUUCUGUCACUGGCAUCUGAUUGUUUGUUCCUUUUUGUUUUCUCCCUCAUCCUUCAUGUACAAACAUGUAUGUACAGUAUGCACACACACUUUCCUCUUUCAAGUACUACAAGGCACUUUGAGUGUUAUUGAGCCAACAACCUACUCUCCGGAUCCCUACCCUGUCCCCUCCUUCCACUGUUCAUUUUGUAAAUGAUGCCAUGAGGUUUGUUUUCCCCCUUUCUCACCUGUUUUAUACGUGUGAUCAGGACUGAGAGCUGUUGUAAUGUAUCUCCCUCCCCAUCCUUAUGUUCUUCCAGUGCUGUUUUCAGAGGGAUUCUCCUCCUUCCUAAGACCCUGUUCCUGUCUGUUGUUAUGUCCUGUACCUUCCUGUAGCAUCCUUUCUCAAACGGUUUGUACCAUACAUUCGUAUUGCAAUUCGUUUUGUUAUUGUACUUCCGUUAAUAUUAUACAUUUUCGUGUCCAUUUUUGUUCUAUUGUGGCGCUGUACCAUCAGUUCAUCACAUCAGGACUAUAAGCUACUCUUGUGAUUUUAAUAUUUUCUUUGUUAGCACUUAACCUCUCUCUCAAACCUCAGUAUAACUGUACAGUUGAAAAGAAAAACCAGCGAUUCUUUUCUAUCACACAUUGAGCAAUAAUCUUUUCCAAAGCUAUAUUAAUUAAUGCUACCAAGUUUUUCCUCCCACACCGAUUCCCCAAUCAGAGCACCUCUUGGUCUCCAGUAGAACCCACAACCCUCUUGCCUCGCGUUGCACGGCACGGUCAUUUUCUGUUGGGAGUUGCACCAGCUAGCAUGGUGAUGGUGGACAGAUUUCCCACCCUGUGCUCAGUGGUCUCUUUGCUGCAGCCUGUUCCACAACCACAACUCCGCUAACCCUCUCUGCACCAAUCUUCUAACACGUGUCACAAUCUGCCCUGGUGCAAUGUUCCUCAGUCUAAUCUGCCUGAUAUUUAUGUAUCUUUUCUGUUAAGGACAGAUUAAUUUUUUGGAAUAUUGAAUUGUUAUUAUUAUGACUUCUAUUUGUGUCGUUGAUAUUGUUGUUCUUAUUAUCAUCUCAGCAUUUUUAUUUGAAUAUUUCAGCAUGAUUUCUCAGAACACAAACCUCAAGCUAAUCGCAAAGUGGUUGAAUGAUUUCCUUUUUAUUUAGCAUGAUUAACAAGCGUGGUUCUUUUAAUAAUCAAUAGAGAUAUCUGUAUUUUUGUAGAUAUGUGUUUGCCUUCUGUAAGAUGGCUGUAUGAAUGUAAAAGAUGUUGGGGGGAAAAAAGUUGAAUGGUGUUGUCCAGUACUGUGGUUAUCCCAAACAAUUAGUUUACUACAAACCAAAAUAUUCAGUACAGAGAUGAUACAUUGGUUAUAAGAGAUGUUUAUAUAAAGCUAUUCUAUAUGUGUUUUUUUGUACAGUAUUUUUCCUAUACAUUACUGGCUAUGUAUUUUAAAGGCACAGAAUCCAGAAUAUUAUUAUUAUUAUUAUUAUUAUAUUAAAGAAUACAAACACAUUACUCAAAGAACCAAUAUAGUAGUGUUUUGAUAUCUUAACCAUAAUAAUGUGGUAGUUUUACAGAGAUUCCUCCAAAUCCAGCAGCAGUAACGGAUACUGUUGGGCAUUAUUGGAAAGACACUCCUGUAUCCUGGUUAUAUACUAUAGAUUUAGCCGUCAGUAACCUUUAGUUCCUUGUGUCAUGGAAUCGUAGUGCUUUAAGCUCGAGUCUCCCCAACGUUAACAUGAAAUAAAGUUGUGAGUAUGGAGGACGGAAUGUAUGGAAUGAUCUUUAAUCGGUUUCUGUAGAGACCCACUAUUGCAAAAGAGAUGCCAAUACUUGCUUGCUAUUGAUUGUCCCCGAUGUCACCACUAGGUGUCUCAAUUAGACUCCUGUUAUGGGUCCCUUCACUCAGAGAUGACCAAAAUAUGUCACCGGAGUCCUUUGAUGGUAAAACUGAAAAGGUUUACCUUUAGUCAUAUUCUGAUAUAAACUAAUAUGACUAAUAUUUGGAGACAUCUAUGCUCACUAGUUAGAACGAUGUUACAAUGAAGGGGAGGGCCAUUUCAGGUUACUGUAGCUGCUGUUUGUCUGCUUGUUCGACCUUUGCAGUCUAGUAAGCCCACUGCCUGAGUGAUAUUACUCUCAAUGACACUGCAUAGCUUACUGAAAUCUCUCUAAUUCUGCUAUAAUACUUUCACAGUUGACCAAAUACAGUGUAGUGUUCCUUACCUGUUGCAGAUCAUGGUCCAGCCAAGGUGAGAGUAGAUAUGUUUUGGCUGUAGAGAAACGGCUGGAGGUGAUUUUCCUUAUUCACAUUUCUAUAGCCCAUCCGUACAGAUAUGGGUUUUGUUAGCUGUGUGUCCAUGUACUUUAACAUGCUAUUCUGUACCAUAUGAAAGAAUAGGAUAAAGCCAUUAACAGUCCACACAUUGCCCACAUACCUCCCUGUAGAGUGACUUCACUACCUCACCCAUGAAUGGAAAAAAGUAACCAUAAUUCUGAGUCUAUUCCAGUGCCUUGAAUACACUGACUGUUCCUCAGUCUCUCAGCGACGUAUUGUCAUUAUCACCACUUGAAUAGGUUCAGAUCUAAUGCAGCAAAUAUUCUAUAUAUUUACAAUUUUCUUUUUACUUAUUUAAAACACAAUUAACUAAUUACCAUUGUAUUAAUGGCAACACCAAUGGACUGUUUCACAGAGGGUACAUAGAUACACAAUGAAAGGAGUAUUCUGUCUUGUUUGUCAUGGAAUGAAUGCAUAACAUAUAUUCAGGCCUUGGCCUCCCGAUCUGUAAUUCAUAGUGUCUAAUAAAGUAUUUUCUGUUUCUUUUGA